UUAUUUUUUAACGGCAACGGCACUCUUUAAAAUACACUUACUUUCUGGGAGUUGUUAAUCCGUUGUAUGUUGUGUAGAUAUUUAAUUUAAAAAAAUAGUGAAAAAAUAGGACCUAAUCAAAUAUACAAUGGACCCAAAAAAACGAACAAAACUGCCUGUUGCUGCGGCACAAUCCUCGAAAUUAAGAGUUAAAACUGAGACCCAACCUAGUAGUGUUUCUGUUUCCGCCACCAAAGAAUCGAAGAAGCCAUUCUUGAGAAAACGAUCCAUGUCGAUGACUGAAUUUUCGGUUUCAUCUAAAUCCAAAACGGCAUUCAAAAGGCCAGCUCCCGUGCCCAUGAACAAAAUUGUAACCAGUCAAAAACCAAAGAAGCCUAAAAUUCCAGAUUGGGAUUACAAAUCCAGAUUCCAGAAUUUACAAGGAAUACACACGAAAUUAGUGGAAGACAGCAAGAAGAGCCAGGAGAGACUAAAUGAUUUGGAAAAUAUAGAAGAGCAAUAUUUGAAAUUAAAAGGAGAUUUCCAAACCGUAGAAACCGAAAGAAAUGCUUUCAAAGUUCAAUUAAACGAAACGUCUUCGAAAUUAGAGCGUCUAGAAAAUAUAGAAAGUAAAUAUCAGAGCGUCACAAAGGAAUUGGUACAUAUUACAGACGAAAAUAGGACGUUGAAAAUUAAGAAUGAUGAAUUGAACUCGACGCUGCAACAAUUAUACUUAGAACGAGAUACGUUGAAAAAAUCCAACGAGCAAUUGGGCAGUUUGCUGGAGAAGAACGAAGUGGUUCGACGUAAACUCCAUAAUAACGUGCAAGACUUGAAGGGCAACAUACGAGUAUUCUGCAGAAUCCGGCCUGCUAUAAACGAACAGGAAAACGUAAAAGAAAAGUGCUAUUUGAAGCUCCAAGAAGACAGUUCAUUGGAAAUAGCGAAAAGCAAUGCAGUAAAUAACAAGCAAGUCUUCACGUUUAAUACUGUUUUCCACGAGGGAUCGACCCAAUUGGAAUGUUUCGAAGAAUUGGCCCAACUCGUACAGUCUGCUCUCGACGGUUAUCACGUUUGCGUUUUUGCAUACGGACAGACGGGUUCCGGAAAAACCUACACAAUGCAGGGAUUAGACACACCGAAUGAUAUCGGUAUGAUUCCCAGAACAGUCAAUUUGAUAUUCGAUUCGAUAGAAAAUCUGAAGUGCUCCAAUUGGACGUACGAAGUCAGAGUCAGCUUCCUCGAAAUAUAUAACGAGACCGUCAGGGACUUGUUGACGACAACCCUCCAAAAUCUGGAUAUAUGCUUUAACGAAGGGAAAGGUACUACAGUGAACAAUCUUCAAAUCAAGCAAAUCUUCUCGUACGACGACUUCGAACACUAUCUCAAAAUCGCCCAGAAGAAUCGGAUGGUCGCCGCCACCGAUUUCAACGAGCACAGUUCGAGGUCUCACGCCAUCACUAAAAUUUAUCUGAUAGGCAAAAAUCAGUCGGGGGAGUACUACGCCGGUUCGAUAAAUUUGGUAGAUUUGGCGGGAUCGGAAUCUGCUAAAACGAGCCACGGCGAACGUUUAGUGGAAACUAAAGCGAUUAACAAAAGUUUGUCUAAUUUAGGGAAAGUGAUGCUUUCGUUAUGCAAUAAAGAAAAGCACAUACCGUACCGCAAUUCAAAAUUAACGUAUCUACUGCAAUCAUGUUUGGGGGGAAAUUCGAAAACUUUGAUGAUUGUUAAUAUAUCGCCUUUCGAGGAAAAUUAUGGCGAAAGCAUAAAUUCUCUUCGUUUCGCAUCGAUGGUGAAGGAGGUUAAAACGAAAAGUAAAAAAGUUAGAGCUCUCGCUCCCAUUGAGUGUAAUAAUUAAAUUGUAUCUAUUAUAUGAGGGGAUUAAAAUUGGAUUGGUGUGUGUUGAUUAAUCGAUUAGACUUCAAUUUCAAACCAAAGGUAUUUUUUAUUUGACUUCCAAUUUGCCUGUGCAAGGUGAAUUGAAAAUUGCACCGUUCUAACCCCUUUAUAUGCUUAUUAAUUUAAUUUUCAAUAGCAAUCAAAGUUUACUCAAUAGAAUUUGGAUUGUAAAUUUUAUCAAGUAAACUUUUAUCGACUGGUACGAUUCAGCAUAUAUUGGUUAUUAUUCUAAUUAUAAUAUUUUCGUUUAAGUGUACUAACGUUUUUUUAUGUGUCUGCUACAGAAAUCACAAAUCAGUAUAUUUCUCUCAAACCUACUUCGUAUAAUCAAUUCAUUUAAUUAAUCUUUCAAUUGUGAUUUUUGUAAAAACGGAUGUUCAUUUCGCAU